GCGGCGGCCGCCGGAGCAGACGGGCAGAAAUGGCACCUCGUAAGGGCAAGGAGAAGAAGGAAGAGCAGGUCAUCAGCUUGGGACCCCAGGUUGCUGAAGGAGAGAAUGUGUUUGGCGUCUGCCACAUCUUUGCCUCCUUCAAUGAUACUUUUGUCCAUGUGACUGAUCUCUCUGGCAAGGAAACCAUCUGCCGUGUGACCGGUGGGAUGAAGGUGAAGGCAGACAGAGACGAGUCCUCGCCCUACGCAGCCAUGCUGGCAGCCCAGGAUGUUGCCCAGAGGUGCAAGGAGCUGGGCAUCACUGCCCUGCACAUCAAGCUGCGUGCAACUGGGGGCAACAGGACCAAGACUCCUGGACCUGGUGCCCAGUCAGCCCUGAGAGCUCUGGCCCGCUCUGGAAUGAAGAUUGGCCGCAUUGAGGAUGUCACCCCCAUCCCCUCCGACAGCACUCGCAGGAAGGGUGGUCGCCGUGGACGUCGUCUGUAACCAGCGCAGCACCUUCUGUUAUUAAAGCUCUCUUAAACCUCU